AAACCUAUAACCGGACGCUGUACUUGUUUGUUUCUUUUCACAGCUAGCUUGAUAACAGUAACGCCGUAUCAUCACAUUGAGACAGGUUGACCUAAUGGAGAGAGCAGGAGUUUAUGAGAUUGAUGUGGCGACCAGAAGAAUUGUUGGGGGAAAUUAUUCGCCAACUGAACAAGACAGCCAUUUUCAGGAGGAGGUUGCAGAGUUUGACCUAGAGUUGUGCUGCACUGAGGAAGAGAGAGGAGAAACUCCUGGCAGAGAAGACAGCCCAAGUGACUUGAGAGAGGCAGAGCUCGAUCCUGGAGGUGAACCUAAAUCUGCUGAAGACGAUGCCUUUGGAAAGGAGGUUGUGUUACUUAUGCAGGCCUUGGAUUCCUUAGCCACACCUGAAGAAAAAUUGGCUGCUUUGUGCAAAAAAUAUGCAGACCUGUUGGAGGAGAGCCGUUGCAUGCAGAAGCGUCUGAAAGCCUUGCAGAAGAAGCAGUCUCAAAUCGUAAAAGAGAAGAUCCACCUGCAGGGGGAGCACAGCAAAGCUAUCCUGGCCCGCAGCAAGUUGGAGAGCCUUUGUAGGGAGCUCCAAAGACACAACAAGACUUUGAAGGAAGAGAAUGCUCAGCGGUCCAGGGAGUAUGAGGAGCAACGCAAGGAAGCCAUGCUUCACUUCCAGAUGACUUUAAGUGAUAUUGAGGUCCAGAUGGACCAACACAGCUCUCACAACACUAAGCUGAGGCAGGAGAACAUGGACCUUGCUGAGAAGCUCAAAAAGCUCAUUGAGCAGUAUGAGCUCAGAGAGGAGCACAUAGACAGUGUGUUCAAGCACAAAGAGCUACAGCAACAGCUUAUGGACGCUAAAUUGCAGAAAAUCACUGAAAUGAUGAAAGAAGUGGAGGAGAAACAGCACCGAGAGAGAAACUUUUUGCUGAAAGAUGCCACAGAAUCUCGACGCAAGUGUGAGAUGAUGAAGGAACAAGAAGUUCAGCUCAAGCAGCAGCUUUCCCUCUACAUGGACAAGUUUGAGGAAUUUCAGAGCACUCUGGCUAAAAGCAACGAGGUCUUCACCACUUUCAGACAAGAGAUGGAGAAGAUGACCAAGAAGAUUAAAAAGCUGGAGAAAGAAACCACACAAUGGAGGACUAAAUGGGAGGGCAACAACCAGACUUUACUGCAGAUGGCAGAGGAGAAAACUCUGUGUGACGGCCACUACAAGGCUCUCCAAGGCAAGUUGGAGCUUUUGGAGAGGCUGUGCAGAGCUCUGCAGAAGGAGAGGAAUGACCUCAACAACCAGCUGAGCCUCCUGCAGGAGCAAGGAAAUGAGCCGCCAGAGUUGGCAGGGGAGGAAGAUGGAGAAGAGAAGCUGGAGACUAAGGGAAUCAAUAAAGCCCCCAGACCACCUGAGAUACAGUCCACAUUGGCCGUUGAAAGCACCACUACUUUGUUGUCAAGCCAGCCCUUAGAAACCAAAGCUACGCUGCUGGACUGAGCUUGCGUGCGUGCGUGCGUAGGAUGUUUUCUAAAUUCUACACUUACAUCUCCUUUUUUCUACGCGAACAAUAAAUCUAUUUGUCUGAUAGUUUAAGAAUAAUAAUUUCGUUAUAUGAUUGAAUUUUUCUCUAAAUCUGUGAUCUCCAUGUUUGGAGUGGUUUUUAAUAAUUGGGGUUUGUGAGUACCUUGCCCUCUUUUUUUUCUGCCAUCAGUAUUUUCAUAGGUAAUGUUCACAGAAGUCUCUUUUCAUGAUGUGUCAAUUCUCAUUGAUCGUUUUAGAUAAGUUCGGAGGUGGGUAUUUCACCCACAAAUCUGAAUGUGAUCUCAAAAACUAAUUUGCCAUCUUUACCGGACAUUGUUUAUUGAAUAUGAUUUUCAUACCUUAAUCAUAGUGUGACCAAGUUUCUUUUUAGAUAUUAAAAUGUAUCUGUGUUCUUUAUGGUUGGUUCUGGUUGUUCAAAUUAUUAGCAAGGAUGAUCCAUUUCAGCUAUUAAGUCUUAAUUCAGUACUGCUGACGGAAUAUGUUUAUGAUUAACUAAACCCAAAUUGCCUCUUAGCAAACACAUAGCCAUAUUUUAUUUGAAUUGUAGUCUUUAGGUUUUGUGUUAUAUUAUCAAUUGUUAAACCGAUUGCCCUUUUUUGAGCUUCUCAUGUUUUCUCCCAGCUAAUAAAAUAAGGGAUGCUUAUGUGCUAGUUUAAAUUAUUAAAACAUCACAGCUG